CCCACCACCCACUACCUUGCAUACAACUGCAACUCAUCCCCGCCACCAUGUUCUCUGCACUCAAGUCCGCCGUCGGCACUCUCAAGUCUGAGAACAUCCCCGACGCCGUCAAGGGCAAGUCGUUCUACGAGCUCAAGGCCGUCCUGCCCGGCAAGGACAAGGUCCUCGACUUUUCGACGCUCAAGGGCAAGGUUGUCCUCAUCGUCAACACGGCGUCCAAGUGCGGCUUCACUCCCCAGUACACUGGACUCGAGGAGCUCUACAAGGAGUACCAUGAGCAGGGCCUCGAGGUCCUCGGCUUCCCCUCCAACGAGUUUGGUGGCCAGGAGCCUGGAUCCGACGACGACAUCGCCUCCUUCUGCCAGGUCAACCACGGCGUGACUUUCCCUCUGGCCAAGAAGUCCGAGGUCAACGGCGACAACAUGAACGAGGUCUUCGCCUGGCUCAAGGCCCAGCCCGGAGGCGGCGGCUUCGGCAGCACCGCCAUCAAGUGGAACUUCUCCAAGUUCCUUGUCUCUCGCGAGGGCAAGCUCGUUGGCCGCUACGCGCCCACGACGACCCCGGCCGCGCUCAAGAGCGCCAUCGAGGACGAGCUCAAGAAGGCAUAGGCAGCUUCACGGCCGCCCAUAGAUAUUCAGAGUGUAUUUUUUUUAUAGCGAGCGACUAAUCGAUCGGGACCCAAGAUGCACCGCGUGUGUCUGUGA